AAACGCUCUCAUCUCUAUUGGUCAAUCGUGGAUGACAAGAGUAUUCGCAACAUUUGGCAACCCUGUGUGAGCUAAAUAGCAACAAAAAUAAUACCGCUGUCUGCAAUCGCACGAAGUUACAAAUCAAACACAGCUAAAUGAUUGUGUUUAGAAACUGUGCGGUGCUUCUGGUAAUUGCAUCAAUAUGCAGUUUUCUCUAUGGCAUUGCACACAUAUACAUCGAGGUGGAGCCAAAUGCCUGUCGAAUGACUUAUAUGUUUGGUGAACCAAGAUUUGCGCGCCUACAAUUUAAAGCCAAUAAUCAAUUUCCCAACUAUGGCCUGUACUAUUAUUAUGAAGGUGUGCGCCAACCUCUGGAUCCUAAUAAAAUGCGUAUGAAUGGAGCUCCAGUUAUCUUUGUGCCCGGCAAUGCCGGGUCGUACAAGCAGGUACGCUCCAUGGCAUCGGUAGCAUUGCGCAAGGCACGCGAACAUCCCGGGCUAGGCAUACAUCUAGAUUACUACACAAUUGACUUCGAUGAGGAGCUGUCGGCUCUCUAUGGCGGCUACAUGUACCAUCAGCAGUCGUUUCUCAAAUACUGCAUUCGCACCAUUGCUUCGCUCUAUAGACACCCCAGCCCCAUUGUGCUGAUCGGCCAUUCCAUGGGCGGCAAGCUGGCCCAGUCCGUGCUAACCGAUACAGACAUCAGUCAGCAUAUUAAUGCCAUUAUCAGCAUAUCGACACCACUCGAUAAUCCGGUCCUCAGCUUGGAUGCACAUCUGAGCCAAUUCUAUAAGGAAACACACGAGAAGCUGAGCUACACACGCACCGCCACCCAGCCGACAACCACGACAAACGUAUGCCAGAGCAUGCAUCAGAGGCCGCUCAGCGAGCAGAGCAUGGCCAACCAAGAUCUAUCCGCCAAGCUGGAUAAUGUCUUGCUCAUUUCUACUGGUGGCGGCAAUCGUGAUCUGCUCGUGCAGGCCGGUCUGACCACUUCGCAGUUCAACGAUCUACACGCCAUGACCUCAGCUAUACCACGCGUGAGCCUUAGCUGCGACCACUUGUCGGCUGUCUGGUGUCUGCAGUUCACGCUGGUCAUCAAUCGCUUCCUGUUCAACAUUUCCCAGCGACGAGAAGACGGCUCAGUGUUUUUCAGCAACGACAAACAGCGCAACAUGCAAUCCGCAUUGAUGUACUUUGUGAAACCGAAGACACGUUAUCACGGCUCGAUCAACAUACAAACCCACAAUAAUUGGCAUGAAGAACGUCAUCUAGUCAUCAACAAGUUUUUCGCAAAUGGCCUAAGAAAUGAUUAUUAUGAGCUGAUUGGUUUAGGUCGUCAGCCACGUUAUAAGAAGCUUGCCAUUGAGGCCGUAAACGUUGACAACGAUGCGAAUUGGCUAUUCGGCUGUGAAUCAUACAAAGAAAAUGCAACGGGGAAGAACUAUUGCGAUAAGGCAACGUCGUUAACACAUCUCGUUCAGCGUGUGCCCAUUGUGGACGACGAUCUGAGAAACAUUGCAAUUCUCGACUUGCACAAUUUACGCCAAACCUUUAAGCAAUGGACCCACUUGCUCGUGCGUUUGCCGGCGGGCAGUCAACGCACUGGCUACAAUUUGGACAUCUAUGACCCCAAGGAUCGCUUCCUAGACAUACGCAUGCCACGUUGGUAUGCAUCUGGACGGCGCAUCGCUAUCAAUGAGACAGUACAAGGCAGCAUACACUAUCGCAUGCGCAUUGCCGAUCUGGUCGAACCGUAUCAGGGUCUGCGCGUUCACGUUGAGCCGCUUAAGUGUCUGAAGCCGAAUUACCGUGUCACGGUCCGUGUGUGCGUGCCCUGGGCAUCCGGCUUUGAGCGUUAUCAUACUCUGACCUCCCCAAAGCAAAAACCUGGGCUUUACGUCAAUGUGCCCACUUUGAUGCCGCGACAUUAUAAUACCACAUUGAAUCCCGUUUUGCUAGACUUUUACUUGGACCCCAUAUGCCGUUAUCGCAUUAGCUAUGAGUACUCCUAUGCCGAUGCCUUGUCACGUAUUGUACUUGAGUUCUAUGGCUGGCUACCAGCGCAUUUCAUAUGCGUGCUGUUGAUUGUGCUGCGCAUGCAACUGGACCACUUCGAGGAGGCGGGCAGCUUGAAGAGCUUGAGACCCUACAUUGGCUACCUGCAGUACACAUCGCUCUAUGUUGUAACAGGCUGCCGUUUGUUCAAGAAGUUGAUAAUGAAUAUGAAGAUAUUGCCGAUACCCGAGCAACUGGACUAUAGUGUUAAUGUCUCGAUCAUAAUCCAUUGCACCGCCAUUGGGCUGUCGGUGGUGACCGCAUUUGCUUUCUGGUUUUGUUUGACCCUCUUUGGAAAUUCCCUUCAACGUUUGGCGUUGCGUUUGACACGCCUAUCCACAUCCGGCUCUAACAUAAUGCUCUCGAUCAUGACACAUCUGCCGAUCACGUAUGGCAUUCUGACAAUUGGCGUUGCUUUGGGCGCAUGCAGCGGCCUGGGCUUGCUUUUGGCCUUUAUUUUCUAUUUCCUGAUGUUAUCGAACGCCUACAAGGACUAUGUGGAGGACUAUCUGUGGCAAAAGGCAGCCAAUUUAGUGCACAAGGCAGUGGGCAUUGGCAAGAAAUCGAAUAGCAAUAAGGACGAUCAAUCUGCAGCAGUAGCUAACACCUCGGACCAAUCGCCCGUAUCCAAUGAUGGCGAUGAUCAACAGAAAUUGCUGAAUCCCGACGAGAAACAAGCCAAAGAUGAGCUGUGCGUUGGCCUACGCAACUUUUCCUUCCAUGUAACUUUACUCCUGAUGCUGUUGAUACUCCUAUUGCUUAAUGUUCCGACCAGCUUGGCCUGGAUACGCAGUCGCAAGCAUGGCGUUGUUCUACCCGAUUCAUCUAUACGUACAACCAUUGUGGCCCUUAGCUCUAUUAGUUUGCUGCUGCAGAUCCGUGCGCCUCAGAAGUUACGUGGCAAUUUGAUACUAUCCAUCCUAUUGUAUGCGUGUGCUGGGAUUAGUUUGCUCUAUUGCCAAAUGGCUAUAUAUCGCCUGAACUUCAUCAUCGCUGGAGCAUUCGCAGUGAUCGCCAUGCAUCAAGCUCUGCAGAAAUUAUAUGAAAGGCUGUUCCCCUCAGCCAAAUAGAAUUUAU